GUAAGUUGUUUUGUGUUUCAAAAUGUUCUCUUCGACAUUUUUUUAAUGAACAUAAGCUAAUGCAUUUUUAUUGAUUUAAAAUUUCUAAUAAAUUAUAAUAAAUAGUUAACAAUACUUAGAAAAAUCUUUAACCUAUUUAGUUAUCUAAUACUACUGAUCCAAAACGUUUUCGUUUUAACACGAGAAUCGUUUUCUAUAGAAAUGCUUCAUACAAACAUAAAUGUUCCCUUCUUGCAGAGUAUAAUAUUGUGAUAAUUAAACGUAUUAAUUUAACCAUUUAGAAGCUUAAUUCCGAAAAUCCGAAAUAAGACUAAUAAAAAGAUCAUUUUUUAUUAAGUGUUGAUAUAACUAUUAAAAUAAUUUAAUAUUAAUUUAAAUUCAAGACCCACAGGUACAGAUUGGUUUUUUAAAUAAGUAAUUCAUUAUCAUGGAUAAAACUUCAACCCCUAAACGUCAACUCUCAAUGUGUGAUAUGAUUUCCGAUGAUUUAUCUCAAAUAAACAACCAAGCCAUCGAAAAACCAUGUGUCACCCAUAAUAUCUGUGCGGAUAAUCCCGAAACGGAAAACAAGUUUAGUUCGUUUCUCGAAUGGCAAAAACACAACGAAGAUCUUCUACAACGAUCAGUUCAGGGGCAUCAUCAUUCAAAUGUGGUUGAGUAUAAUGUGCAACGUGCAAUAAACACUUUAUCCGCUUCAGUGGAUAAAUGUAUGUUAGAUAGUACCAAUAAAAUUGCUGGUAUGGCUAGAAACAUAGAUAGAUGGAAAACGUACAUGCUUCAAAUUUUAGAAAACAUACGUAAUGAAAUUGAUUUACUUAUGUUAAGUAAAAAAAAAAUUCAAAAAGCUCAAAUUGCUUUGAAUAUUAUAUGUUCAAUAUCUACGGAGUGCUUAGAACGACGAUCGUUUAGAUUGGAUAUGGAUCACACACUAGAUCCUGGACAAGUAGAACUUCUUAAAGAAAGAGAACUAAUUACCGAAAUAGGAAAUUUAUUUUGCCGCACAUUGUGCCAAAUAGAAGUACAAAUAAAUCGCAAUAAAGAUACAAAGGUUCAACUAGAAAAAAAUUGGAGUGAUAAACAUCAAUCAUUUCAAAUUGAUACUAUUAAUUUAGGGCUGAAUAUUCAGGCGCCUACCAUAAUGUCACAUACGGAUGUUAUCAAAGAUUCUGAAAACACUUGUUUGUCAAUACCAGAAUGGGAAACAAUGACUAAAAGUUUAUAUGAAGAAGCUAUACAAGUUUCAAAUGAAUCAAAACAAUUGAGAUCAAUAGUCGACGAUGUACUCAAGAAAAGCGCAAAUAGAUUAAGAGGUCAAGCUGAUACAGUUGAUAUUGCUUUAGCGCGCUUUAUAUCAGAUACACAACAAAUUGGACAAGCAAUAGAGAAUGACUUACAACAAGUGGUUCAAAGAUUAGGCGAUUCUGAAAAAUCAAUUGCAGAUCUCCUCCGUGUAAUUUCGAAUUUAGAAAAGGCCAAAAAAACUGCCGAAACAAGGUUAGACAAUCGACUGAAACGUCCGGGGAAUGAGAACGUAAAAGAUAAUGCACAACUGAGUCUUCUUUCGGAAGUAAAAAACAUAACUGAAAGUUUAAACACGCUUAAUUACCAAUUGCACUGUGCCAGAACGGGUCAUUUGGGUUUGGUAGAAGCGCGUUCAAAACUCGAAGACGAUUCUCGUAUUAAAAGGAAAACGCUUUGGAUCGAUAGUCUUAGAUGUCAAAACAUACGAGCGCAUUAUCCAUCUGUGAACAUAUUAAUUGGCCAAUAAAAUACCGUGAUAAUGGAACACGUAUUGUAAUGAAAAUAUUUUUUUAUGAACCAUCAAAGUACAUAAUAUAUUAUCAUCCAA